ACUCGAGCGCCGAUCGCGCAACGAGCCACGAAUCUUCGACCUCGGCGCGAGUUUGCCGCGCGAACGCAAACUCUCGAUCGGUUCGCGUUCUACCUUGGAAUUGCCGAAUUGUCCAGUUUGCCGAGACCGGCGAACCAUUACGGCGAACGUGAAUUGUGGAUGGUAUUUUCGUUGGAAACGCGCGCGAGGUCUCACCUCAAGAGAUAUCACCCUCCCGCGAACAGGUACUCUCUCGGCAGGUACCUCGAGAGGUGACGAACGUGAAUUGUGAGAGAAAUAUAUUCCCGCCGCGAGGAGUUUCGGUGUUGUUUUUGGCCAACCGCGGAAUGGUCGAUGCGUCAAUCAGCCAUCGACGGUCUGGUUCAACGAACGAUCCGGAGCGGAAGCGAAAGGUCACUCGGGAUCGAUGCUGAUACGAGAUAUCUGAAUGCGAAGAAAGCCUCGCAAAGUCGAUGAUCUUGCACGUGAAGGAAAACUGGAAAAUCGGAUAUUGUCCGAGGUAACUGACACAACGCUGACAAACAACAAGUUACCAAACGUCUCAAUCUAUCGAUCUAUCUGGAGACUCGUGUAUUCGAAAAUCGUGUGUCGGUUUUGUGUUCCGGUGAUACCGACAACAAUCACACAAUGUGAGAACAAUAUAUACGGGCAUAACAUUGUUGUCGAUGUAACGACAGUAAUGCGUAUUUCGUUUCAAUGGCACUCGUCGAGAUAUAAGGCUCGAAGAGGAUCGUCACGAGAGCGUGCAAUCGAUAGGUCGACUAUUCGCGACUUCGCGACUGCCGGGGGGAGAAGCGAAGCGCGCGAGACUUUGCGAGACACAAAGAGAAGCGGCGACGAGAUAAGAAUUGUAGCUGGCGACGAGCAAAAAGAUGCAGAUAGAAUCGAGACUCUCGGUCGAAUCAAUCUUACGUGUGAUGCGCGUCUGAUAGCGAGCGAAUUUAAUUAAAGUGUCAGCAGUUGGAACGUGAAUUUCGGACUGGAAAGAAGGAAGGAGGAAACCACCAGAUUCUCGUGUUACCCGAGUAGAAAAUUGCGGGACGAUAACAACGUGACGCGAUCACGCGAUGAUGAUGAAGUGACAUACGAAGCCGACGACGUUGAUAGCGGCGGCCGAACGAUCGAUCGAUCGAUCGACGGGAUGAGCGCGUUUAUCGCGUGCGUGCGAUAAAUCGGCGAGACUGAUCGAUCGUGCGACUUUUGCGGUUUUCCUUGGAAGGACGAAGGGGAUGAAGAUGAACGACAUCGCGCCGGAGAGCUCUGGCGCUUCGAUCUCGCCCGCGGGCGGAAACAGCAAUGCUAAUAAUAACAACAACAACAACAAUAACAACAAUAAUAUCAAUGGGAAUGGCAAGGCGUCAGGAACGGCCGCUGCGACAGUGACCGCCAAUGGUGGCGAGGGGAUUAGCGCAGCCGUCGCUAAGGUUCUCCAGGGUUACGACUGGACUCUGGUACCCGUUGCCACCAAGGGUUCCGGCGACAAAAGAGCGGCCCACGUCAAGAGGCCCAUGAACGCGUUUAUGGUGUGGGCCCAGGCUGCGAGGCGAAAACUGGCCGAUCAGUAUCCUCAGCUUCACAAUGCCGAGCUGUCGAAAACGCUGGGAAAACUGUGGCGGCUCCUUUCCGACAACGAUAAGAAACCCUUCAUCGAGGAGGCCGAUCGCCUGCGCGUGAUCCACAAACGCGAGCAUCCCGAUUAUAAGUACCAGCCCCGGCGUCGGAAACAGAACGGACCUUCCGGUCGCGAGAGUUCACCCUCGCGAAAUCAGAGCAACGUGACGUUCAGCGUGUCCAGAUCGUUGAAGCAGGAGGAUAUGAGUCCUCGAGGCGUUCAAGGACCUAAUUCACCACAGAGCGGUGUGAGCUCUUCGCCACCUACGACACCCGGUCAGGGUCUCUCACCACCGACACCACCUACAACUCCGAGAGGACAACACUAUGUCAAUCAGAACAAUCAGCUUCAGCAGAACAACACCGUAUACUAUCAGGAGUUGGUGAGCACGCCGUCGAGCGAGUCGCCGCAUCAGCCCGCCGUCGAUCUUCGAUACAUCGAGGUUGGAGACGGCCUGCCCGGUGAAGAAAACGGUCUCGGCACGUUGGGCGGGCUCGGUCUGAAUCUCCCGGUGAAUUUUCAGGAGUGCGAGGUGGAGAGCAACGAACUCGAUCAGUAUCUACCCCCUCAAACCGCACCGAUACAUCAGUAUCCACCCGUGCAAGUCACCACCUCCUCGCAAUGGUUACUCAACAGGUACGAGGAAGAGAUCGAGAGACCGAUGAAACGUCACUGUUCGGAACAGGCGGUCGCGGAGGUGUCCUGGGACGACAGGACGCAGGAGAUGGUGAGGUAUCACGAAUUGCAGCCGCCUCUUCCACCGGUCCAGUAUAUAUCCGCCGCUCAUAACGCGCAUCACUCACACGCGACCACGCAGAUGGCACAUUCGCACGUGUCCACACCCUACGCGCAGUAUCACCGCUACGUGCCCGGUAUCGAGACGUGGCCAAAUUACAUGUAGACCGAUGCGAAGUAAACGACGGCUCGUUAUUUUACCGCAGCGCGGACUCAUCGGAAACGCGCAUUUCUAAAAUUCGAGAUGGGGAAAUGCAUGCCAAAUUCGCUAAAAGUCCAAAUCUAGCGUUAUCUCUAGUAUUUGAUAACACGCGAGUUUGAAGAGAGAGAAGUAUGUAACACUUCAAAGUAUCGUUCUUUUUUUUUGGAAAUUUGCGACCAAAGCUAAAGCCUUAAUGCUCUAAUUUCGCGUACCAAGUGUCGCGUACCGAUUAUAGCACAAACUCGUAAA